AUGGCUUCAGCCUUCAACUCGUUCAAUGCCCUCGCGGCGAUCGGCGCGGGGCAGGCCCCGUCGGCCAAGAAGAAGAAGAACAAGAAGCCCAAGUCACAGGGAGGUGCCCAGGAGGCCGGCACUGCUGUGGGAUCAGGCCCGGCCGAGCAGCAAGACGCGGUCGUGGAGGUUGGUGAGGCCUGCGCCGUGCUGGACAAGACGGCCCGCACGUUCAAGUCCGGCAGUGACAGGCUCAAGCUUUGGAAGGACUGGAUCAAGCAGGCAAGCCACCAGCAGGAUGGUCUCGGGUCAUUCAUUGGGCCAGUUCCCGUUCUGGCUGCUGACCGUAGCCCCAAGGCCAUUGCCUACACGGACACGGAUGGAUCACUGCUGGACUUCAAGCAGGCAAGCGCGCGGACCCGUGGUGGCGCGACGCAGCGAGUGGUGCUGCGCAGCCGCGCCCUGGAGAUCACCGUCGAGGGCUGCCUCUCCAGCCCCCUCCCCGCCGACCACGCGACCCACCUGCAGCAGCUGCUCGCCACCUUCCUGCCCAACCCGGCCGGCGCGCCCGCGCUCGCCUCGGCCGUCGCGCGGCUGGCACAGCUGCUCUCCGCCGACGCCCAGGCGUUCGACACCCUCGGGGCCGCGCAGCGCGCGGCCUACACCCUCGUCAGCAGCCUCAAAGCCGAGGAUGCGGCCGCGCCCGCAGCCCCCGCCGGCGGCAAGCGGGGCGGCGGCGGCGCCGCAGGCGGCAGCGGGCCGCUCGGGCGGCUGUCGGCGAUCGACGCCGAGAUGGCCAAGCUGCAGGGGUUCCUGUCCAAGGUGUCGCAGGGUGGCGUCACAAAGGAGCAUCUGAACAGCGCGCGGCAGCUGGUGCAGCUGCAGCACGACAAGCUGGACCUGCUGCAGGGCGGCGGCGGCGAGGGCGGAGACGGAGCGGGCGCCGCGGGCGCGGCCGCGGCGCGGCGGGCGGCGGCGCAGAGCCUUGAGGAGCUCAAGGCCGCCAUCAGCAACCACCUGCACGAGGCGAAGGCUCAGGAGGCGGGCGCGCACUCCAACGGCGCGGGCGCGGCGCGCGCGUCGCUGCAGCGGGAGGAGGGCGUGCUGGCGGCGCAGGCCUCAAAGCUCGCGGGGGAGAUCCGCUCCCUGGAGGCGCAGCUGUCUGCGCUGCGCGCGCAGGCGUCCGAGGUGGAGGGCCAACGGCAGCGCCUGCGCCAGCGGCAGGGCGCCGCGGCGGAGCAGGCGCCGGGGCGCGGCAAGCAGGCCGGCCUGAGCUCAGCGCACUACUCUGAGGAGCUGGACGCAGCCAACGCCCUGCUGGCCCUCGCGGACCCCCUCGCCGCCGCCGCCCCUGAGUUGGCCGAGGCGCGCGCGGCCAACGCCGACGGCCCCGCGCGCUACCUGGGUCUGGUGCGGCAGCUGCUGGGCCUGGGGCUGUCGGCGCUGCAGGAGGCGCCCGCCAAGAUCACCAACGCGCGCUCGCGGCUGGCGCAGGCGGACAAGCUGGCUCUGCUGGCCAGCACCUCCAAGGACGCCGCGGCCAAGGCCGCCAAGCAGAG